CUCCAGUUAGCCAAUGAGCAGCAAAGAUACCUUUUCAAACCGGCCUAUCAGGGGGCUCGUUGUUAAGGGGCGCGGAACUCAGUAAAUGGUGGCCGUUUGAAGCGGAGACAGUGAAGAGAAGACGGACACGAUGACUGGCUCCAAUGAAUUUAAGCUCAAUCAAGCCCCCGAGGAUGGAAUAUCUGCCGUCAAGUUCAGUCCAAACACGUCCCAGUUCUUACUGGUUUCCUCCUGGGACUCUUCUGUCCGCCUUUAUGAUGUUCCUGCAAACGCAUUGAGACUGAAGUACCAGCAUGCUGGUCCCGUCCUUGACUGCUCUUUCUACGAUCCUACUCAUGCCUGGAGCGGAGGGCUGGAUCAUCAGUUAAAAAUGCAUGACCUAAACACAGACGGCGAAACCGUGGUUGGUACUCAUGAUGCCCCCAUUCGAUGUGUAGAAUUCUGCCCCGAGGUGAAUGUUAUGGUGACGGGUAGUUGGGACCAGACAGUGAAAUUAUGGGAUCCGCGGACGCCCUGUAAUGCUGGAACGUUUUCUCAGCCUGAUAAGGUGUAUACACUGUCUGUGUCUGGAGACCGGCUGAUUGUGGGUACCGCAGGCCGAAGAGUGUUGGUAUGGGAUCUCCGCAACAUGGGCUAUGUGCAACAGAGGCGCGAAUCGAGUCUGAAGUACCAGACACGAUGUAUUCGAGCCUUCCCCAAUAAGCAGGGCUAUGUGUUAAGUUCUAUUGAAGGAAGAGUUGCUGUUGAAUAUUUAGACCCCAGCUUGGAAGUCCAGAAGAAGAAAUACGCCUUCAAGUGUCACCGGCUGAAGGAGAACAACAUUGAACAGAUCUACCCUGUGAACGCAGUGUCCUUCCACAGCUUACACAACACUUUUGCCACAGGUGGUUCAGAUGGCUUUGUUAAUAUUUGGGAUCCUUUCAACAAAAAGCGUCUGUGCCAGUUCCACCGCUACCCUACAAGUAUUGCGUCCCUGGCCUUCAGUAACGACGGCAGCACUCUGGCAAUUGCUGCCUCCUACAUGUACGAAAUGGAUGACAUUGAACACCCCGAAGAUGCUAUCUUCAUACGGCAAGUGACAGACGCCGAGACAAAGCCCAAGUGAGGCAGCUUCACCUGCCUUUCCUCCCCCAGCACCAAGAUUUUUUAUUAAUUUUCCCUUGCCUCAUGAAUAGCGUUAUUGAUGUUAAGGGGAGAUAACUAUGACUGACUGUAGGGCUGGGGGAGAUUUUAUCACAUCCUCCCAAGCUUUCAAUAUCCGUCAGUUGAUAGACGUCUGACAGAUAAAAUUAUGCUCAGUUGUUUUAUACAGAAGCGUGUCGACCUCCUCUGCAUUUCUUGCCCUUCAUUAUUUCACCUGGAGGACUCCUCUGACUGACUUGAUUUCUAAUGCAGUUAUGAGAUUGACACUAUGCUGCCUUCAGUAUUCACAUUCCCUCCUGUCCAUGUCACUUUUUUGCCUUUGUUCCUUUUUAAUGUUUCUUUUUUUUGGUCUUUUCUUCCAUUGUAUAUAAUAACUUUCCUUUACAUUCAGGAUUAUUUUUGUAAAUAGGCCCCACUGCUGAAUAAGCAAUAAAGAAACAUGU